AUGGCGGCGGCUUUCCUGGACGCGGUCAGGAGCCGCAGGAGUCUGUACGAGCUGGACAAGAAGCUGCCCAUCGGCCAGGACCUGAUCAAGUGGAUCGUCAACGAGUCCAUCCAGGCCGUCCCCAGCGCCUUCAACUCGCAGAGCAACCGCGCCGUCGUGCUCUUCGGCGCCGAGCACGACAGGCUCUGGGACCUGAUCGGUGACGUGCUCAAGGCGCGCAUCUCGCCCGAGAAGUGGGUCGAGGCCUCGGAGGGCAUGGAUGGGUUUAAGGCCGCCGCCGGUACCGUCCUAUUCUUCGUCGACGAGUCCGUCAUCAACCGCUUCCAGGAGAACAUCCCGUCAUACGCGCAAAACUUCCCCACGUGGGCCACGCAGUCGGACGGCAUGCUCCAGCACACCGUCUGGACCGCGCUCGAGGCCGAGGGCCUCGGCGCCAGUCUGCAGCACUAUAACCCCAUCAUCGACGACAAGGUGGCCGACGCCUGGGACCUGCCCGACACGUGGCGCCUGUCCUCGCAGCUGGUCUUUGGCGGCCGCGUCGGCGGGCCCGAGAACAAGGAGAGCGGGCCGCUGUCGGACAAGAUCAGGUUCUUUGGCGCAUAG